AUGCGCAUCCACGAGAGCGGAGUUGACCGCACUCCCGACACACCCACCACAUCCAACACAUCCACCGUGCACAACCGCACCCUCGCUCCAUCCGUCUGCGCCACCACCACCACCGCCUCCUCUGUAGCUGACACUGACACCGCCGACAUCUCAUGCCCGCACUGUACACGCACAUUCACCUCACGCAUCGGCCUGGUCGGUCACUUCCGAAUCCAUCGCACAGAGACUGGCGAACCAGUGCCUGGAGCACCCACCUAUACCCACCAAGCUCGUCUCAACUGCCCACACUGCCCUCGCACUUUCAGGCAUCGCAUGGGCCUAUUCGGCCACAUGCGCAUCACGACGACCUGCGGUAGACAACCGCCGGUCACACCACACCUUCACUCACUCCCUACCACGUCCACCAACACCACCACCAUCAACCCACCAGAAAUCAACACUCACACACCUCAUGCACCCAACUUCCAGCUCCCACGCAAGUGGGAAGUCCGCAUCUCGACUCGGUCCCCAUGCGGCUUCGGCUGCACGGGUGAAUUGAGUCCGAGACUAUCCCGACACGUCAAGUGUCGUGGAUAG